AUGAUCCCUCACCAAUAUUAUCCCACCACGAUACAGCUACCACACUUUGCCGCCAAUGAGACCUCGGUAGUCUCCCUAAUCGCCCAAUUUGGCUUCUUAUGGGCUGCGGUACUAGGAACUGCCUUUUUCGUCAUACGACGUGUGCGACCGACGGCAAGUCGGGCGGAUAAACUGGCCUUUGUAUGGAUGUGCUUGACGGGCUUCAUUCACUUUUUCUUUGAGGCCUACUUUGUCAUUCAUCAUGAGACCCUGGCAGGCUCCCAGGAACUAUUCGGCCAGCUAUGGAAGGAGUAUUCUCUGUCGGACUCCCGGUAUCUGACAUCGGACGCAUUCCUGGUCACCAUGGAGGCCGUAACCGCUUUCUGCUGGGGACCCCUGGCCUUCUUUAUUGCCUACUGCAUCGCAGUUCAGCACCCUGCACGUCAUGCCCUGCAGCUGCUGCUCUCCGUUGGUCAGGUCUACGGUGACGUCCUCUACUAUGCCACUAGUCUCUUUGACCUUUACUUCCAUGGAGAAACCUUCUGUCGGCCCGAGGGCUACUACUUCUGGUUCUAUUACUUUUUCUUCAACUUCAUCUGGAUGUUCAUCGGCUCUUAUUACGUGAAACAGAGUAUCGGAGAGAUAUAUAGAGCGUUCAAGACAGUGCAGGAGUUGGGUUCCUCACGCAAAUUGAAUUAA